CGAGAGCAGACAUGACAGCAGUGGGAGAGCUGGUGCUGGUGCUGGGCUUACUGGUGAGCGCUCACUGUGAGGUGAGGGCACGAGACCCUGAAGUGGAGGAGGAGGAGGAGGAGCUGGGAGGAAGAGCAGCAACAGGAGGAGGAGGAGGAGGAGGAGGAGUAGCGUUCCCUCCUCACCUCGAGAGGCUUUAUCCUGGGGCGACAGAGACCCCCCCUCUGGGAGAGAGAGGGAACUACCCAGCCCGAACUGGGAACUGGUGUGCGUUCGUGCAGAAGCGUGCAGUUACUGUUGCCGUGGCGUGUGGAACUGAGAAGUACACCAUCAAGUCUCAGAGUCCCUGUCCGAGUGGGACGCCCGACUGUCAGCUGGUCAUGUACAAGUUGUCCACCCGGCCAAUCUACAGGCAGAAGCAGCAGAUCUUCACCGCUCUGCUGUGGCGCUGCUGUCCGGGACACGGAGGACAUAACUGUGAGGAAGCAGCCUCUGACGCACAGCUGGAUUCUGGAAGCUCGGCUCUGAUUGGAGGAUCUGAAACAGCAAGGGCCGAGCUCCGCACUCAAGGUCUCCAGCACGUUGACCCGAACCGCGAACAGAACGACUACCAGGACUCCAACUACCAGGAGUCCAACAGUGAGAUGUAUGACACCGGCUACCCAGACAACACCACGAACCCCGACCAGGACCAAGGCGAGCAGGAUGGCAACAAUCCUGAUGAUUUGGAUGCCACUGAUGUCUCGUACCAAGAAGCCACCGCCACCCUCCCCGUUCCCCACAUGAUGGCCCUGGUCAUGUCCCAGCUACAGCCGGUCCUGGAGGGCUUCAACCGCUCGCUGGACCACCUGAGCCGGCAGGUAGGGGAACUUGCCCGUGACGUGGCCCAGCUUAAGAGCAGCCAGCUGGAGGCAGAGCUGCAGGCAGGGCCCCAGGACGGCCCCGAACUCAACGAGGCAGUGGAGGAGCGCUUGGAUGCCAAACUGAAUGACGUGUUUCAGAACAUCAGGGAGGUCCAGAGACAGAUGGAGAGCCAGCGGACGGACAUGGAGAAUAGGCUGCACUACCAGCAUGUAAUGCUGCACUACAACCUCACCAGCUUUAAGACAGACAUUGACAUGAAGCUGAAACGCAACCAGAAGAUGCUGCAGGUCAGCCUUCAAGCCAUGAACACCACAUUGGCUGAACUGAAGCUGGACCAGGAUCAGCUCAUUGAGGAUGAGCUGGAGGAUCACCUGGCUACCCCCUCUCCGCCUCUCCCCCACCCACUGCAGCCCUCAGACAACUCAGCGCUCUGGGAGGCCAUCAAACGCCUGGACAACAUGGUGGUUAACAACACAGUGAAGGUGGACGGCCUGAUGGAGGACAUGGAGGUGACCUCGGGGAACGUUUAUCAGCUGAGGUGGGACUUGAAGGGGCUGGCAAAGCAGAUCAACCAGACGGCUCGGACCAGUCAGAUCCAGUUCAUGGAGACGGGGCUGGAGGUGGAGGCGGCCAGAGAGACGGUGUUGCAGCGGGUGGACGAACUGGCAGGGAACCUCAGCCGGCAGGCCACCGAUCUGCAAGACAUGGGGACGGACGUGGACUACCUGUACGAUGUCAUCUACAAGCACAACUCGUCUGGAGACUGCAAUUGCAAGGGGCUGAAAGCCACAGUGGCGAGACUAGAGAGGGGCGUGGCCAAUGUCACAGAGCUGGCCAAUGAGAACCGAUUAGCCCUGGAGGAGAACAGCGAGGGAGUAGCCGGGGAUGGGGCCAGCGACUGGGAGCCAUUGGUGGGGGUGCUCCAACAUGGCCUUCAGGAGGUGAAGGAGUAUCAAGCCUCAGAACAAACCAGGACCAGGACUCUGGAAGACAGCUUGGCCCAGCUAAGCAGCUUGGUGAAGGUCAGUAGGGCUGAAGUCUACGGCCUGAAGGAGGCUGAUCAAAAGCAGGUGGAGAAGAUGGAACACCUGUCCAGCUUCUUUAACUCGCUACUGAAAGACGUCAUCAGACACAGCAACGUUCUGGAGCUGCUGCUCGGGGAGGAGGUGCUAGAGUUCUUGGAUUGGCAAGUCCAGGACCAGGAGGGCCACUCCAUCCCGGCCCUGAAGGAGCAACUGAGGCAACACGACCUGAGUAUCACCACGCUGCUGGGCGACAGGCCAGGAGGCAGAGAGGAGGUACCGUCUGCUGACCAGCCCUCAUCCUCCCACCUACUCCAUGAUGACUGGCUCCCUGGUAGCAUGAAAAGAAACAGCGGAGGAGUUCCAGCCAGGGAGCGCCAGAUCCUCCACCAGACCGAGGGGAGGCGUCUGGAACACAAAGGAGACGGCAGCGAUCUGUGGAACCUGGAGAAAACAGUGGAGGAGCUGGGGCUGAAGGUGCUCCGGUUGGAGGAGAAAGCCUGUAACACUUCUACUGCCAGAGAGGCGCCACCCAGUGAUGUGGAGGCCAAGCUGCAGAAGGAGGUGAUGUGGCUGAAGAGAGGGCUGGAGGAACAUCUGAGGGUGUUCAAGAACGUCUUCAGUAACGCUGAUGUGCUGGCGGGAUCUGACGCCACGCUGGAGCUAGAUAAACUGUGGCAGCUGGUGAAGAACAAAGAAGGGAAGAAGGAGAAGAAGAGAGGAGGAGGAGGAGGAGGAGGAGGGAGGGAGGGAUCGGGAAGAGGAGGAAACCAUCGAAGCAGGAGAGAUUCAGGAGUCCUUCCUGUCCCGUCCGGCCUAUCAGAAGAGUCUCUGCUGCUCGUGGCUCGAUCUCCUCUGAGUGUCUCAAACGGCGCCAUCGUGUUAGCAGCAUCUCUGAACCGGGGUCAGUUUUACUCUGACACCGGCACCUUCACGGCUCCGGUGAACGGGGUUUACCUGUUUGUCCUCACCUUAAACCUGAGGCCAGGUCCCGCCCAUGUGGCCCUAAGGAGGGGGUCAGGUGGGACUCUGGUGUCUCUAUACCAACAGAAGGUGACAAAGGCGGGGUCGGUCACCAGCGUGGGCCUCCUGCCACUGAGCGAGGGGGAGGAAGUGAGACUGGAACUGAAGGGAGGAGCGCGGGCGGAGUCAGAGAACAAUGUGUUCACCGUACUGCUGCUCCACCGGACCACCUGAGGGUGCUGUGGACCAAUCAGCUGACAGCUGGAGGAAAGACACUGAUCAGAGACAUUGGGAGGGGCGGAGUCACUGAAGCCACAGAGUCAGAAUUUGUUGUAAAACACAUUUGAAAAGAGAUUUUAAUGUUUGCUGAAUUCAAGUUGGUGGAGGCUUUAUCCCAAAGCACCUUACAGAAUCCAAAUCAGGGAAUCAAACCAUCAACCCUUAAACCACCAGUCAGUUCUGAUAAAUCUGUCCAUUGCAUGUUACAGUUUGAGCUCAACAAAUAUCUAAAAUCUGGAUACCAACUAGAAGCCUGAAGGAAAUUUCAAAAACAGGCAAACCAAGAGAACUGAUUGAAAACAGUUACCGGCAUCCUGCCGUCCAACGAGGCCAAAUGUUCAAAUAGUUUCUCUUUACUCGCCCUCAAUACUGCAACAUCGGCCCCAGCCUGCUAGCCACAUUACACCUGUGCAACAUGUGAACCGACAGAAUAAACAACAAACAACAGACAGCGCCAAACUUUCAGCUUCCAGGGUUUGGUCGCAGACAGCCGGUAUCGAUACAUCCUGGAGCUCGAACCGUUACUGGCGUUCGUCCUGUUACAAACUGCUUCUCCAUAGUAAAAUGCACACUCCAGUUUUUCCGUUGUUGUGAGAACAUUUUCCUAACGGCAGAGCACAUUUUUCUUCUUCUAGACAAAUAAAGUUAAUCCUCUGGUCGUCACUCUGUGCUUUGCUCGUACCUUCCACAUCUUUGUAUUAUCUGAGUUGCAUUAGCGAGAACACAACAAUCGGGGACAGUGAGGUGGGAUCACUAGAUUUCCAGACCAGACAGACAGAUGUUUUUAAAAGUGUUCAGCUCUCAGUAGUUUUGUAGCUUCUAAAUGAAACUCUGUGGUUUGAAGUUAAGUUUCUCUCUUUCAGAUAUCUGCUUUAUUUGUUUCUGGUUUGCUUUCAGCUGUGUCUUUAAGUUACUGCUGAUGAAAACCCAACAUUUUCUGAUUUUGCUGUUUUAUAAUAAAACAGUUUUAAAUGACAAAAUAUCCGAGUCUACGUACCCACAUACCACUGGAUGGUGGCCGUGUUUAUUUGUGUUUUAGAACGUAACCACCAUGAAACAGUUAGACAAUAAAAUUGGAUUUAUUUCAUUAAUUCACUGCUUUGCUCUCGCUAACGCCGCUCCCUCUAUUGAUUCAAUCAAUCUCUCGACCUUUGAGAGACACACCUUCAAGCGGGUAGCCCUGUUUUAUAAUGGAGAUGCAAAUCCAUGGCGUGUUGGUGCGGUGUUUCACUGGGAUGUCAGAGAAAGUGCAGAAAAAGCUGAAUACAAACAAGGCGUGUCAGUCAGUGCAGGAGCAGUGUUUUCUGUGGAAGACAGUAGGCUAGCCUACAUCUCUUUGGAGUGGAGCCCUGGGUGCAGCGACUGUGCCCCCGAAAAAUAGUGUCUGAGAGGAACUUGUUGUGGUGGAACAUUUGCAGGUGCAGAGGCAAACCCUGGAAUUUAAAUGGCUAUGUUUAUUAUUUUAUUAUGUUUGUACCGUGAGCAGGUUAGGGUAACAGCCUAACAUCUAGGCUGCUAGAUUAUUGUUCUUAUCUCACAUAGUGACAGGCACAUUAACAUGGAGAUAGCGGAAGGGGAGCCGACUGAAAUAGUCGGCCAAUGGCAGGUCGAUAAUCCCAGAUCUGGGUUUUCAGUCACUGACUGUUGUAUCCAGUUGUAGCAUGUAACUCCCCCUAAAACCACAAACGUAGUGUUUUACAUUCCUGUUGGUGACCAGAUCAAACAAACUAGAAAGGAGAUACAUGUUAGUUAGUGACCUUUAACUUUAGACAAAGACAGGCUAGCUGUUUCCCCCUGCUUCCACUCUUUAUGCUAAGCUAAGCUAAGAAUGUCCCAUCUCCUGCCCUAAAAACCCAAAAUAAUGACAUUACUGAAAAGGACCAGUGUGUAGGAUUCAGUGGCAGCUAGUGAUGAAGUUGCAGAUUGCAACCAUUUGAAUACAGCUCAGCCUUCAAAGUGUGUAGGACAAACUGAAGUGGCUGCAAAUCACACAAUAAACACAAAAGGUCCAAUCUAGUGUCAGUGUUUGGAUUGUCCGUUUUGGGCUACUGUAGAAACAUGGUGGACUCUGUAGAAGAGGAACCGCUCCCUCUAUAGAUAAGAAAACAGCUAAUUCUAAGGUAGAUAUACACUAUUGAAAACAUAUAUAUGAAUUAUAUCUGUUCAUAAGCUUUUAGCCUUUGUGAGUAUUUGAUUGAUCUGGUUGGUUUGUUCACUGUUACACUUAAAGGUCCAGUGUGUAGGAUUUAGUGGUAGUGUAGUUGCAGAUCGCAACUCCCUUUCCAAGCGAAAAACACACGAAAAAAUCUACAGCCAGAGUUUGGUUUGUCUCUUCUGGGCUCCUGUAAAAACAUGGCAGUUCAACAUGGCAGAGGACCCAUAUCUGUAGGAUGGCUAUUUCAAUGGUAAAGAAACAAUUAUUCCAAUAUUCAGGUGAUUUACACUAAUUAUUAAUGAAAACAUAUCUGUGAAUACUAAAUUCCAAAUCUGCCGGUAGAUCGUCAUAAAUGUUACAAACUGGACCUUUAACUCUGAUUGGCAGAUGUGCUGUUGACCCUGCAGUGUCACUUUACCUAAAGUCCUGUUUAAUAACCAUACAAAAGAAGAAAACAAUAUGCUGCUGUAAACCAGUUUCUAUCUGGAUGAUUUAAAAAAGUUAAACUGUAAAACUGAACUGAAAUUCAUCAUCUGUGUCUUUGAAGGGAUGUUUUUACUUUACACAAAGUACAUUUUUGUAUGUAAAGUCACCUGUGACUAAUGUUUGUAAAAUAUCAAUAUAAUUACGUAAAAACACACAGAGCAAUAUAUAUUUAUAUAAAGGAACAGCUGAGCCGUGUGUUAAUCCUGAAAAUGGUGUAAACAAAGAGAUAAAUGUGUUUAUAUAAAAGCCACUGUCACUGUAUGAUGUUACAACACUGCAAACACAGAGAAACAAAGAGAAAUGUAGAUUAAUUUGUUCCUGAUUCUUUUUAGGGGUUUGACACAUAAAAAAACGUCAUUAGUUCAAGUUUAGUAGGACCACAUUUAACCUGAUCUGUGUCCCUGAAAUUUGGUUAGCUGAAAAACGGGAAACAAAAUGUUCAAGUAACUGUUCUAUAUGGUAGUUUUCAUUGUUGGUGGCGGAGUCCACCAUUCCCGUUAGUUUUGGUCUGAGUCGUGGUGGGUGCCGCUCAUUAUUGUUAUCAGACUCCAAUUACAAGCGAACGCUAGCUGUUGUACACUGCUGACACUUGUGGCUCUUCCUGAGGGUUCUUAAGGUUUUCUGUCCUGUUAGACUCGAGGAUCUGAGUACUUCAUUGAUCCCUGUCUGAAGGAUUACAGAUGUUCAUUGGACACAAAUUCAGAUCAGCCUCCUCGCCUGAUUCCUUGUCACCGUUAUCAGUUCAAGUCUGCGAGGGGAUAAAACAAUGAGACUGCGGACAUUUAUAGAAUUACUAAUAUGCGUUCGUGUCACUUCUGACCCAUUCUUAAACUGUUGACAUUUUUAACUGAUGCAGGUUCAAAUGUAAAUAAAAUAAAUAUAAAUAAAUGAUCUGAGCAUAAACACAAUCUCACCUCAAAGUCCAGUUCAGUAGCUGUUCUGGAGCUUUUGAUCAUAUGACAUGAUCUUCAUCAGCAGAUAGAGGUUCAAAGCUCAUUCUUUUGCAUGACUGAUAUUGGAUUUUGGAGGCCAAUAACAAUAUUUAAGAUUUUUUGGGUUUAUAAUAAACAAACAACAUUUAUAUAGGUAUCACUUCAAGGUAGAUCUGUACUGAACACUUUAGCAUGUAAAAAUCAAUUUGUCAGCGCCCUCCGGUGGACACACAUAAUAAUCCCAGACAUUGACACUUCUCUGCUCACAUUUAGAGACUACAGUAAAAUGAAAGACACACUGAACUUUUCCUUUAAACAUUUUAAUCAUCAUCUCUGUUAAGUCUACUGUGUAGAAAAAUAAGCAUCAAAAAUAUACCAAAAUCAACAAAAUAAAAUCUGGCGAAGCAAAAAGCCAAAAAACUACUUUGACAUGAUGAAAAAAUAACUUCUCUUCAUUUGAAUCAUUGACACUUUGUGUUAUUCUGAACUCAGGCCUGGUCUGAACGGACAAACCUAAGCCUUAAAUGAAAUUCUGAUUUUAUUCUGAAAAGAACAGAUGAGUUUUGGUUUUUGAGGCCUCAGUUUGAGCGACAUCAAAGCUAAAUCCAGAUGAAAUGAUCAAUUCCUAUUUAGCUCUUUAGUACUUAAGUGAAAAAUUGGUUAUUGUAAUGAUCAAUAUCUUGAAAGGAUUUAAAAUAAAUGUUUGACUUCA